GGCGAAUAUUUGGCCUGGCAUCCCUGUGCUUGCAUCCAAACGUACCCUUGAUGCCUGGCACUCUCUGGCAGGCAAGUGCGCAUGCCUACGAGCGCACAAAGAGCCCUAGAAAACUGAAGUCUUGCGGAGUAGUACAUCGCAGUAAUACAUUCGGCUUGUUCGCUGCGGCUUGCUGCGGCUGCAAUCCGGCUGCGGCUGCGGCUUCUACAGUAUUUUUCUCUCUAUGGAUUGCAGCUGCAGCAAUCCAAACAGCUGCAACAGUGUCGGCUUGUAGCCAGCCGAACACGCCCAUUGACUCACAGAAUCCGCAGGCCCUCCGUGCAGUAAUUUCUUACAGCUACCUAUACGUACACGGCGGUGCAGGGUGCUCCCAGAAGAAUACAGUGUGCUACGGCACUCUACUUCCCAAGAGAGAGUGAGAGGGCGGCAAGGGAGGGACGUGGAGAGAGAGGAAGAGAUGCCGAACGAAAUCAUUUCAUUUUCCGUGCGGAUCUUGCGGGCCUCCGUGGCUGGCGGCGCCUACCACCAGACACCCGCUAGGCCGCUACAUAAGGCGAGCCCCCCAUCCCCACUUGCUGCCCCCUCAAUCCCUCAUAGUCAGUCAUAGAGCGAGAGGAAGAGGCGCGCGUGGGUGCAGUGCAGACGUGCGGGGCAGAGCACAACAGCAGCGGAUCCGGGGAGGGAGGGAAGCCAUGGGCGAGGAGGCGGCCAAGAAGGAGGAGGUGGAGAAGCCCAAGGAGGCCGCGGCGGCAGAGGAGAAGAAGAAGGACGACAAGCCCAAGGAAGUAGGCGGCGGCGGCGGCGGCGAGAAGCCCAAGGACGGGGAGGAGGAGGAGAAGAAGAAGGAGGACGCGCCCCCGCCUCCGCCACCGGAGGAGGUCGAGAUGCGGGUCUACAUGCACUGCGAGGGGUGCGCCCGCAAGGUCAAGAAGAUCCUCAGGCGCUUCGACGGAGUGGAGGAUGUGAUCGCCGACUCCAAGGCGCACAAGGUGCUGGUGAAGGGGAAGAAGGCGGCCGCCGACCCCAUGAAGGUGGUGGAGCGCGUGCAGAAGAAGACCGGCCGCAAGGUCGAGCUGCUGUCGCCGAUGCCGCCCCCGCCGGAGGUGGAGGAGAAGAAGGAAGAUGAGGCGGAGAAGAAGAAGGACGAUGAGAAGAAGGCAGAGCCCGAGCCGCCGAAGCCGGAGGAGAAGAAGGAGCCGCCGGUGAUCGCUGUGGUGCUGAAGGUGCACAUGCACUGCGAGGCGUGCGCCGAGGGGAUCAAGAAGAGGAUCCUCAAGAUGAAAGGCGUGCAGUCCGUAGAACCGGACCUCAAGGCGUCGGAGGUGACGGUGAAGGGCGUGUUCGAGGAGUCCAAGCUGGCGGAGUACGUGUACAAGCGCACGGGCAAGCACGCGGCCGUCGUCAAGUCCGAGCCGGCCCCGGCGCCGGAGGGCGGCGGCGGCGACAAGGCGGCCAAGGAGGAGGAGGAGAAUAAGAAGGAUGCAGGCGGUGCCGGAGGCGAGGAGAAGAAGGACGGCAAGGAGGAGGAAGAGAAGAAGGAUGGCGGCGAGAAGAACGAGGAGAAGAAGGACGGCGGCGACGGAGACGGCGACAAGAAGGACGAGGCCGGCGACAAGGACAAGGACCCGGCCGCCAGCCUGUACAUGCACUACCCGCGGUUCCCGUUCGCUGGAGGGUACUACCAGCCGCCGGCCUACCCGCCACCUCCGGGGUACCCGUACGCCUACCAGCCGGCCUACCCGCCGCCGUUCUACGCGCCGCCGCACCACCUGCACCAGCAGCAGCCCAUGGCGCCGCAGAUCUUCAGCGACGAGAACCCCAACGCCUGCUCCGUCAUGUAGUUGUCACUCAAAUGUCAUGUAAAAAAAAAGAACCGUAGGACCCUGUGUUUGCGCGGGGUCCUGCCCCUGCCAGAGCGAGGGACCCUGUCUUUGCCAGAAAUGCCCCUGGGCAACCAAGCUAAUGGCGACUUUGUUUGAACAAAAAGUAGCAGACUUUUUUGCGGGGUUCGAUUUCUCUCUCUCUCUCUUUUUCUUUUGUAAUUGUAACCCUUUUUUCACCUUUCUGGACUGGUAUAAAAGUAAGCCUGGACUCGUCAGUUUAUGGGUGCAUA